AUGAGAAGGAGUCGCCAGCAGUCAGGGACCCAAGGCAUUCGAUAUCUGCUACUCUUGCUACCAAUUCUGGCAACGAAGCUCGUGAUCACGGCGAGUGAGAUCAUUACAAUUGUCAAGCCAAUACUCGAAGGAAUUCAGCACCUGGCUGAAUGCGGGAGGGUGCUGGCCACUUUGACAAUGAAUACCAUCUUUUUCACUCAGUCUGGCAAGGUCAAGAUAGUGGGUAUCGAGGACAGCUGCGAGAUAAGUGCUUGGGAAAUGGAUGCUGCGACAAUGAAGCUCCCCUUCCCGUGGGAAUCACGUCUUACUAUUGGCUACGGGACAAUCUAG